AUGUUUGUCUCUCCACCACCAGCAACUUCAAAAAACCAAGUUUUACAGCGGCUCUCACACGACUCCGCUAAUCACAGCCGCGGGUUUGCAAAUCCGUUGCAAAGCAUUCCAGAAAACACUGCAAAUAAUAGCGACAACGCAUCAUUUCAAAGCUUACCACAAUCAGUGAGUAGUAUACAAUCCACACCCUCACCAAGAAGAGAAAAUUUCGUGAACGCCCCUCUCGAAUAUACUGAUAGAGCCAGAGAUGAAAUCAAGAAAAGAUUAUUAGCUUCCUCGCCCAACAGAAAGUCACACCAUUCAAGCGGGAUGCAUUCGGCAAGUAGAAGAUCCAGCACAGCUGAUAGUAGAAGUUUACUUUCAGAUACUGCCUCAUCUUAUCAGUCAAGUAUAUUUUCGACGCCUUCGACAGUGCACACGCAACUGACUAAUGAAAGCGCAUUUUCUGACUUUUCAAAUCACAAACUAAUAACAAGGAUCAGUUUAGAURACGCCUUACCAAAGACAUUCUACGACAUGUAUUCACCUGAAAUUUUACUAGCAGAUCCAUCUAACGUUCUUUGCAACGGACGUCCCAAGUUUACCAAAAGAGAAUUAUUGGAUUGGGACUUAAACGAUAUAAGGUCAUUAUUAAUAGUCGAGAGACUAAGACCUGAAUGGGGUAACCAAUUACCGGAGGUAAUAACGAUGGGUAAUAAUAUGCCCCAGUUCAGAUUACAAUUAUUGCCAUUGUAUUCUAGCGAUGAAACUAUAAUUGCCACAUUGGUCAAUUCGGAUCUAUACAUGGAAGCCAAUCUGGACUAUGAAUUCAAAUUGACUAGUGCCAAAUAUACAGUAGCUACCGCUAGGAAAAGGCAUGAACAAAUAACCGGCAGAAAUGAAACCAUAAUGAAUCUGUCYAAGCCAGAAUGGAGAAACAUUAUUGAAAACUAUCUUUUGAACAUAGCAGUGGAGGCACAAUGUAGGUUUGAUUUCAAGCAAAGAUGCUCAGAAUAUAAGAAAUGGAAGUUACAACAGUCCAAUUUGAAGAGACCUGACAUGCCACCUCCAAGUCUAAUACCGCGUAGGAACAGCUCAGAAACAAAAUCGCUGUUAAAGAAGGCACUAUUAAAGAACAUUCAAUUGAAAAAUCCCAAUAAUAACCUCGAUGAAUUGAUGAUGAGGGCGGGCACCCCUUCAAACCAACAGGGGAAAAACAAAGUAAGCUUGACCAAAGAGGAAAAGGCUACAAUAUGGUCGCAGUGCCAGGCGCAAGUUUACCAAAGAUUAGGAUUAGAUUGGCAACCGGAUUCAGUAUCCUAA